CGCCCUCGCGUGGACGUGGACGCGGGCGCGGGCGCGGGCGCGCGGGGAGGCGGCGGCGGAGGGCGGCCGUUGCGGGCCGGCCCGCGGGGCUGGGGCUGAGGCCGAGCCGACCCGGGCCCGCGCACGCCGGGGGCCCACCAUGCGGCGGCUGCGGCGCCUGGCGCACCUGGUGCUCUUCUGCCCCUUCUCCAAGGGCCUGCAGAGCCGGCUCCCGGGCCUCAGGGUCAAGUACGUCUUCUUGGUCUGGCUGGGCGUCUUUGUGGGCAGCUGGAUGGUGUACGUGCACUACUCGUCCUACGCGGAGCUCUGCCGAGGGCACGUCUGCCAGGUGGUUAUCUGUGACCAGUACCGCAAGGGCAUCAUCUCUGGCUCCAUCUGCCAGGACCUGUGCAGCCUGCACGAGGUGGAGUGGAGAGCGUGUCUGUCCUCUGUCCCAGGGCAGCAGGUGUAUAGUGGGCUGUGGCAGGGCAAGGAGGUGACCAUUAAGUGUGGCAUUGAGGAGGGCCUGGACCCCAAGGCCAGGUCGGAGCCAGCCCCCCGGCAGGAGCUGCUGCUGUUCGACAAGCCCACCCGGGGGACGUCAAUCAAGGAGUUCCGAGAGAUGACCCUCAGCUUUCUCAAGGCGAAUCUGGGAGAUCUGCCCUCCCUGCCCGCGCUGGUCGGGCAGGUCCUGCUCAUGGCCGACUUCAACAAGGACAGCAGGGUGUCGCUGGCCGAGGCCAAGUCGGUGUGGGCCCUGCUCCAACGGAACGAGUUCCUGCUGCUGCUGUCUCUCCAGGAGGAGCAUGCAUCCCGGCUGCUGGGAUCGUGCGGGGACCUCUAUGUCACCGAGGGGAUCCCCCACAGCUCCUGGCACGGAGCCGCUCUCCCGACCCUGCUGCGCCCACUGCUGCCCCCUGCCCUGCACACGGUGCUCCAGCAGUGGCUGGGGCCCGCGUGGCCCUGGAGGGCCAAGAUUGCCAUUGGGCUGCUGGAGUUCGUGGAGGAGCUCUUCCACGGUGCCUACGGGACCUUCUACAUGUGCGAGACCACGCUGGCCAACGUGGGCUACACGGCCCAGUACGACUUCAAGAUGGCAGACCUGCAACAGGUCGCGCCCGAGGCCACCGUACGCCGCUUCCUGCAGGGCCGGCCCUGCCGGCACAGCGCUGACUGCACCUAUGGCCGGGACUGCAGGGCGCCCUGCGACAAGCUCGUGCGCCAAUGCAAGGGCGACCUUAUCCAGCCCAACCUGGCCAAGGUGUGUGAGCUGCUGCGGGACUACCUGCUGCCCGGCGCCCCCGCCGACCUGCGGGAGGAGCUGGGCCGCCAGCUGCGCACCUGCACCACGCUGAGCGGGCUGGCCAGCCAGGUGGAGGCGCACCACUCGCUGGUGCUGAGCCACCUCAAGACCCUGCUCUGGAAGGAGAUCUCCAACACCAGGUACUCGUGACGGCUGCCCCGGGGCCCCCAGCCACGGCUGGGCCACACAGGCUGGAAUGGGGGUGGGGGCACGAAGGAGCGCCUGGGGCCUGACCACAAGGGCUGGCCGGAGGACCCACUGCGAGAACGUGUGAUGUUAAUAAACCGCUUUUCUGUGAGUGUCCCUGGGUUCCCUCCCACCACGCUGGACCUGCCCCCCAUAUCCGCCAUCGGCCCAGUGGGGUCCGAGGGGGGCUGCCCUUGCCCAGGCCGGACGGAAUGCAGCGUGGUCCUUUGGGUCCCAGUCUGCCAGACAGGCCUCAGCGGGCAGCACAGGUACAGCCUCUCCUAGAGCCACGUUCUGGGGCAGGGGGUGGAGGGGGGGUGCAAGAGGGGGUGAUGGGCACGCCAGAUGCGGACAUGUUCUGUGCUGAACUGUGGUAGGGUUCCCAAGAAGAUACCAUGGGAGACCAGGUGUCCUGGUAACGGGCUGCUCCCGUUCCAGACGCUCUGGCAGUGCCGCCGCACAGGACUUCAACAGACGUCCAGGAACCACUAGAUGGGAAACCCACCACCAUCUCCCUGUCCCGCCCCAAGGGGGCAGUGCAGGUGGCUCCCUCUGCCUCCGUUCUGGGAAGUGGACGGCAGACCCCAGGAGGCUCAGGGAGUUGGGGGAAGGGCUGUGCCCCCAACCCGGGUCGUGGUGGGCCAGAGAGCCUACUCCUUAAGUCCUUGGGGGCCGCUGACCUUUGCAGGCUUAGCUUAGCGAGCGGUUACAAUGCCUGGAAAGGCGAUGUGGGGACCCAGGCGGACACCGUGCGGCUCCCCACCACCACCCUCCUGCUCAGGCCCCAGCUAAUCACACUGAGGAAAAGCCAAGUGUUAAGAUGGUUUAUUUAAGAUCAAUUUAUUCUCAAGUUUUGCCAAAAGAGAAACACUUUUACUAAAAAACAUUCCAAAAUUUCAACUGUAA